CAGCCGAGCGUCGGGCGGGAGCGAGGCGGCGACGCGCGGGCGCUCGGGCGCAGCAUGACGGCCAUCGGCGUGCAGGCCCAGAGGCUGUGGAGCCACGGGACGUCCCGCCGGCCCUUCUUCGAGGCCUUCAUCCGGACCCUCAUCAUCACGUGUGCCGCGCUGGCGGUGGUCCUCUCGUCCGUCUCCAUCUGCGAUGGGCACUGGCUCGUGGCCGAGGACCGCCUCUUUGGGCUGUGGCACUUCUGCACCAGCACCAACCAGAGCGGGCUGCACUGCCUCCGAGACCUGAGCCAGGCCCAGGUGCCCGGGCUAGCCGUGGGCAUGGGCCUGGCCCGCAGCAUGGGCACCUUGGCCGUGGUGGCCGCCAUCUUCGGCCUGGAGCUCCUUAUGGUGUCCCAGGUGUGCGAGGAUAUCCGCUCACGGCGCAAGUGGGCCGCGGGCUCCGUCCUGCUCCUGGUCGCUUUCGUGCUGUCCUCCGGGGGACUGCUGACUUUUGUGAUCCUGCUCAGGAACCAGGCCACGCUCAUCGGCUUCACUCUGAUGUUCUGGUGCGAAUUCACCGCCUCCUUCCUCUUCUUCCUGAACGCCAUCAGCGGCCUUCAUAUCAACACCAUCACCCAGCCCUGGGGCCGGCCAGGGAAAUUCUAGAGCCCCUGCAGGAACAAGGGUUCCUACAGGAGUGCACGGCCAACAUGGGACUUGUCUAGUGUCACCUCUGGCGGGGAUGGGGUGGGACAGUGACCUUGAAGCUGUUGCCUUGAGGCCACUAGCCUUUGGGUGGCCUGGGGCCCCUGCAGCCACAGCCAUGGGUCAGCAGAGCUGGAGGCCAGAGAGGCACCUGCGGGCCACCAGCUUCACAGGCUUAGCCACUUUAUGAGGAUGUCGAUUUUCGGAGAAGAAAACCAUGUUGCAAGUCUUUUCUUGAGUUUGCCUCCCUGGACUGGAAUAGAUUUGGGAGCUGCGUGGGUGAUAGGUGCCCAGGUUAACUGCACGGCCAAGUUCACUUCACACCUGUUUUGAUUGACCGUGUGCUGGGACAGGAUAUAGGGGCCUUCGGGGUUGCUAAGAAUGGCUUGUUCUUCGGCAAAGGGACCACUCUGUGCAAGGCUUUCUUCCGGCAGCUCCAAGGGCCUCGAUGCACAGUUCUCUGGCCUUAGCUUGGGGCACGCCAGGGAGGCAGCUUGCAGGAUUUGCUCUGAGCAUCUUGCACAUGCCUGUCAGACCCUUGCCGUGGGCAGGCCCUCCCAGGAAGGCCCAGCUGACUUCCAGCGCAUAUUUGUUUGUGCGUGGCUGUCUUCCAUCAAGGCCAGCUGGCCUCAGGGGACCAGUUUUGGUCCUAGAACACAUUCCAAAGAGCACGUAUCUGGAGCUGCUGAGCUUCGCCAGGGUGCAGGGAACAGCCAGGCCCUGGGUGAUGAUUAACAGCCCAGCUGGUCAUCAGCAGAGGUGGAGGGACCCGAGCGAGCGGAGACGGCCACACCUGGCUCCCGCUGCAGGUUCCUUCCUAAUUUGCCCCUUCCCAGCCCAGCAGGGCGUGAGGCUUUGCCCUCCCUCUUCCCUUCCUGGUGAACUCUGCUUUCCACCAAUUGCAUGGGGUUUUGGUCUCUGCCUUGCUCUUGUCACUGCAGCUCCCCUUUGGGCUACACUGGGUGCCUAUAACUGCCUCCACUGAUUUUUUUUUUAAGAAAUUAAAAUAGGGCUUCACUUUUUAAACAUUCUUUAUUCAUUUAUUUGCUUCAAGAGAGAGAGGGACAGAUGGAUGGAGACAGAGCCCCACCCACCCACACACUGGUUCUUCACCUAAAUGAAGGUGAACCUGGGAACUCCAUCGAGGUCUCCCACAAAGAUGGGAGGGACCCAAGCACUUGAGCCCUCACCUGCUGCACCCCCACCCCCCGGUGUGCAUUAGCAGGAAGCCAGCGUCAGAAGCAGAGCCAAGCGCUGUCUUAACCGCUGCACCCAGUUCCCACCCCAUUGUGAUUUUUUGUUGUUACUCAAAGUCAGGAGGCAGUGUGGCGUGGCAUGUAAGAGUGGCCCUGGAGGUUGGACAACCGGGGUAUUCAUCCAUCAUCCUCGGCCAGGAGAGGUUUUCCUUGGACUCGAGCUCAUCAGGCACACAGGCUGGGAAGUGUGUCUCUUUGGGGGAAGGGCAGGGGGGUGGGGGAGGGGGAUCCAGGGCCACCCAGAGCCAGAACUGGAGCUGCCCACCCGGGGCAAGAUGCCUUUUCCUCUUCACCUGUGGGGGUUGUGGGAGGGGAGUUGCUGCUUCUCUGGCUCUAGAUUGCUUCUGCCCGAGCACUGGGUAUUUAGGUUUUGUAAAGGCAUUCCUGUAUUUUGCCCCUCCACCCUCAUGUCCCGCAGGGAGUGCAGCUUUGAAAUCCAUGGGCAUGACGGCUCUUCAAAAAGUACAUGGAAAAUGCAGACCAUGAGAAAACAAAAGGAUGCAUGGAUUCCAGAUUUUUUUUUCUGCCAGAAUAACUUCUAAUUCCACUGUCCAUGAAGUUUCAUGGAGCACCCUCCCUCAUUCAUCCAAGGUUGCUGAGAGCCACAGUAAGGGGUGAGACAGACAUCCCGAGGAGCUUAGUGGGGGUGGGGAGACAGGCGCCUAUCCCAUGCCUGGGAUAAAAGACCUUGGACUGCACGUCUGCCAACCUGAUGCAGUAGCUUGGGCGAGUCACAGGGCCUUGGUGAACCCAUUCCUCAUCUGUGAAAUGGGAUCAUGCCCCGUGUCCUGCUGCACCUGUAGCCUGGGCGUGCCCGCACCAUGUCAGGGAAACUAACAGGGAAUCCCAGGCCCACCCUGGCCUCGACUGUGACUUGAUCAGGUUGAUUUAGCUGUCGUCCCGAAGGCUCCAGUGAGAGGGCUGGAAAGGUGAGUGGCAGUGGGGGACAGACAGGGCCCACCUGGGGUGUCUAUGUUUGUCCCUGAACAUGAGCCAAGACUGGGGCAGCCCCUUCCUUUCUCCAGCAAAGAGUCAGGGUGGCAGCCACGCAGCCCUCAGGGCUGAAGGACUGAGGACAACCACAGGCCAAAUCUUGCCCUGAGUGCCACUUCCUUGUCCCUCUCUGGGACCCUUGGACUCCCCUUCCCAGAAGAGCACAGAAGGCCAGGGUGGCCUUCCACUCAUGUGCCCCAAGUGCCUUCUGCUCAGUUCUAAGGACUCCAAGGCCUGGGCGGGGGGUGGUACCAGCCUCAGGAGAGCACUGGGUGUCGGGCUGCUCCAUAGUAAUCUCCAGCUCCCUCAGCCCCGCUCUGGGCCUCUCAGAUGAUGCUGACCCUGCAAGUGUCCCGGUUGCGCCCCGAGGGGCAGGACUUGGUGCUGUUGAGGCUGCUGGUGCCAUUGCUGAAGGAGGAACUGAGGGCCACAGGGCAGAGCUGCGGCUCCCAGAGGUGCCACUGCUGCCACUUCUUCUGAACUUCUAGCUGCACCUGCCGGAGGCCACCAUCAGCCAGGGAAAAAAGGACAGGCCCCAGGCUUGCAGCCCACGCGAUCCCUGGGGGCCUCUGCCCAGCCCGUCUGGGGUCCUGUCACCUGCAGGCCGCUUGGUUGACCAUUUCCGGCCUCGGUGUCUAGAAGAUACUGAGCACCUGCCACCCCGUUACACUGUGUUCCAGGACCAGCCCUGUGGUUUGUUUUCCCAGAACACGCAGACCCACGCAGGACCCCUGGGUGCUUAUUUGCAUGAGGCCGCCCCAGCUGGGAACCUGUCUGGGAGCCAAGGGUCUGCUCUGUGGAAAUUUCCUCCCCAGUCCUCGGCUGGAACAGCCAAACCCUUGAGGCUGGGCUUGAUGCUUGCUUUCGGAAAACACCGGGGUCACUGCCAUUGGAGUGUGGUGAACCCAGUAGGAGGCCAGCCGUCAGCACUCCACACACACACAGAGACACACACACAGGCCUGGCUGGUGAUCGAGGACAUAUUCAGCCAGCGUUGGUAACGUGGCCUCCAUGGGGCCUCGCGUCCUGACCCCAGCACUCCACGCAAGGCAGGAGUCCUUACGGUGACUGUGCUGAGGACAGGCAGCCAAUGCUGCUGAGUCACCCAUUUCCCAUCUGAGAAGACCGAGGUCACCCACUGAGCAAGUGUCAGGGCAGUCAGCCGCUGGGAUCUGGGUGGAGUGCCUGCACUCGCCCAUGGCUAAGAGUCACCUGGAGCAAACUUGUGCAAAUACAUGUUCCCAGGCCCCAGCAGGCCGGGCAUCAUCUGUUGUUCUAACAGGCCCUGCAGGUGAUUCUGCUGCCCCCAGGGAGUGCGCUCGGCCCCCUGGGAGACCAGCCUUGCCCUUGCACCCACAGCCUCAGCUCCUCUUCCCCCUUUUAUAUGCAUCUUCCCACCACCCUUUCCGGGCAGCUCCUCCUCAUCAGGAAUCCAGGGGCACCCCCUGAACACUCACCUCCCCGUUGAGGAAGCAGUAGAGGACGGCGACCACCAGCCCCUGUAGGAGGCGUGGAGGGGCACGGGUUAGCACAGGGGGUUCAGCCUGGGCCAGGACAACCAGGCCUGGGGCUCAUUCUUCCAGCUCAAGUCCACGGCCCCCGCUCUCUGAGCUCAGCAGGUAUUAGGGCCACCUCUUCUGCUCCCCCCCCACACACACACAGUGCCCCUGGCUGGGCCUGCACCACCCAGCACCGACGGAAAGUCCCUCUCAUCUAUUCCUCUCCCAACCCCGUCUAACACAGAGCCUCAGGUGCAUGUGGGUGGGUGGGGUCAGCGAUAGUAAAGGAAAGGCGGCUAACUUGGGGGGCGCAGGGAGUGGCAGCAGCUGAAGUACUCCCCGCUCCUUCAGGAGGCGCAGGAUGACCCCAGCAGGAGCCCCUGGUGGAGGUUUCCAAGAUAAGCUGGACGUCUGGAGAACGUGGUCAACCAGUUCACACAGAGACAAACUCCGCAGGCAGGGCCAGCCGGCCAGCAAUAUAUAAGCUGGCCCUGCCUGCUUAGCGGACAGGUGCAGGCACUUCAUGGUCACGGCUUUAUGUCCCCAGGCUUGCAGGGGUCUGGGCCUAACAGGACCCUCCCUGCUGGUACCUGGGGUCCCCGUUUUCCUGAUGUUGCCUCCAGGACACUGGCAGGGUAGGGACUCCAGUAUGUGGUGCCCGGGGAGCCCUACAGACCUAUAGACCCUUCCGGCUUCCGGCUCUGCUCGCCCUCUCGCAGGGCCCCACUGCAGGCACCUGCCCUUCCCACAGACCUAAGUCUUGGCCUCUUGGGCAGUGAGCACCUCCCCCCACCACCACCAGGCCCAGGUGAACAGCCCUGACCUUGGGCGGCCCAAAGCCUCCUCUGAGCAAGCCAGCCCUUCGCCUCUGCCUUCAACAGGAUCCUUGAACCAGCCCCUCUAUGGAGAGCUUAACCUACAGGCUCCUGCUCAGGGGUGCUGGCACUCUUAAGAGUCAGGGCCAAAACCGGAAGGGGCUGCUUUAAAUGGCAGGUGUGCAAGGGCCACUGGCUCCGAGCAGCUGUGUGUCCAAAUCUUGGGGUCAGGUGUGAGAGAGCCCCAGACGGUGCCAGUGACCAUCGCUGUCCAGGGACCACCUCGGCAGGGAAAGGCAUUGACGGGCAGGAUGUGCAGCGCUGCUGGGCCUGAGCAAAACGGCAGGAUUCUGGGUUCUGGGCCAGCAGGGGCCCAGUGUCCAGGAAGGGAGCUGAGUCACAGGGGGGUUGGCAGGCCUGCAGCUCUGGGAGCCCCUCUGCCGAGGCUGCUGCCUGUCUCCUGGGACCAGGGUCACCAGGGGGCCUCCGCUGCCUGGGGCCCUGAGUCAGCAAAAGUGAGCUGUGGUCCAGGUGGCCAUGCAGGCUCCCUGGCUAAGAGGAAAAGUGUCGUGGGUUCCCUAGGGAGACCUAGGGGGUGGCCUGGGUUCUAGACCGAGGGGAACAGGCGUGCAGAGGUGUGGGGAGCCCAAGACCUGACUCUGCUCAAGGAUGUGUUCCCGGUGCCGCAUCCUCCCAGAGCCUGUGAGUAACAGGAGGACCCCAGCGCACCUGCCCUGAAUUAAAAUGACAGCAGGCUCUGGUGUUCGGGACACUGGUGUGCGGACAUUGUUGAGGACAAACUCACUCAUGAAAAGCCACUGGGGGGGUUUCUAUGUGGUCUUAGGGCCUAUUAUCACAGGGCUUUCCCUGGCAAUUGAUUUUCAUCCAAAGAAAGGUAAAUCUUGAAGCAGACUUGGCUGUCUUUGCUUGGGCCACUGGGAAGCUCCAGGUCAGAUUUAUGACCCACCUCGCCCACCUUUAUCAGACUUGAUCAAACUUGUUUUUGUGUUAUGAACUCAACUUGGCUUUGUACUCUUUUCUCUCUGAUCCAUCAUCUACUUAUUUAUUUUUUGUCUUUUAUGUUUUUCCCAAAAGAGACUUCACAUUAUUUUUGAAAGGAGAUAGCUAUAAGUAAAUAAACAAUGUCCAGUGAAGUUUGGGAUUUGUAAUAAGGCUCCCUUCUGUCUGAACAAGGCUCCUUUUUGUUUUUUAACCUCAAACUAUUCUGUUGAGUUGGUAGGUGAUGUUGCAGAUCCUUCUGUGUUUGAAGGGGGGUUUUAAUCUUUAAUAAGUUGUGUACACAUCUGGUUUUAAAGGGUCAAAUAAUUCUUGUUACAAAACCCCACAGCCUCCAGCAGCCCCGCCCCUGCCGUUUCCUGUUCCCCAGAGGCCAAGGCUUGCAACUCUCUUAACUGAUUCUAAUCUGCUGAUUUGGCUGCUGGGGGUUUGCAGUCUGGGGCAUUUUCCAUGGACUUCCCAGAGUGAUGAG